AUGACCUCGUCUUCUUUCAUCAACGCCUUAAGAAGGUUUGUUGCAGUUCGUGGUGCGGUCUCUGAAUUCAGGUCAGAUAGAGGGACUAACUUCGUAGGGGCUGCUGCUGAGCUGCAGAUGAAUGUAGUGAACGUGGAAGACCACAGUCUGAAGACAUUUCUAGCGCACAAGAGGAUUGUAUGGAGGUUUAAUCCUCCCCACGCAUCCCAUUUUGGAGGCACAUGGGAAAGGAUGAUAGGCAUUGCCCGUCGCAUCCUUGGGGCAAUGCUUAUGGAUACCAAACAUGGGAAGCUGACUCAUGAGGCUUUGACGACCUUUAUGGCAGAGGUCAUGGCUAUAAUGAAUUCAAGGCCUUUGGUGCCUAUGUCAACAGAUGUUGAAGCACCAUUCGUUCUAUCGCCACAGAAUUUACUGACACAGAAAACUCAUGAAGUACCAAGUGAAUUCCAGGAUCUUGAUGUCAAGGACAUGUACCGAAGUCAGUGGAAAAUGGUCCAGGUUAUGGCUAACACUUUCUGGAAGCGAUGGAAAACCGAGUUCCUUUCCACGCCACAACCUCGGCAGAAAUGGCAGGAUUCAACGGACAAUCUUAAGGAUGGGAAUGUAAAGAAAUGCAAAGAAAGUGCGCGCAAUGACUGGCCAGUAGGUAUCAUAAACCGUGUAUUUCCAAGUGAGUCGGACGGUCGGGUACGCAAAAUCGAAGUACGUAUCAUCAAGGAAGGAAAGCCAUGCGUCUUCAUCAGGCCCGCUACGGAAGUGAUUCCAUUAAUUACUGUGUAA